AUGCAUUACAUUCAAAUGGGGAACUCCCGCAUAGAUGAUCCAGUUAUAGUUUUUGACUUGGUUCCGUACAUUAUCGGUCCGCCAGCGGUCAUCGCAGAAAUUGCCAAGGUCGCCGGAGCCAGGUACAGUAAGGGAAAUUACGUGGUCGACUGCAACGCCACCAUUCCAGACCUUGUAGUAGUACCGAUACCUCUUGGAAGUGCCCAUCAACCUAUGCCCAUAAAAUCAAACAAUCUUAUCGUUGAGGAGGGAAACGAAUGCAUACUCGCAGUGGACUUUCGAGCAAGCAUUGCCUUUGGUCCGGACAUAUAUAUGGGUGCCCCGUUCUUCAAACAGUUCUGCGUUUCUUUCGAACCUUUAGAGGGAAUGGCCGCAAUUAGGGUUUUCGAAAGCAUACCUACUUUUAGCUCCAGGUGA